AUGGCGAACUCGCUCGUAUCCACUCUGGGAGUCAGAUGUCGGCAGACAAUAGGGUUGGCUUAUAAAAACUCGAAGGAAGUCAACCAGACUCUGAAAAAUAAAGUUUGGAAAGACAUUCAGACGGGGUUCAUUGUGCCGGACACCUUCAAACAUGAUUGUCUCAUCCUAGCUGGGAAGUUAAUGAAAGACUUCAAGAAUAGGAUGACAAAAGACAUCAUAAUGCCCGCGUUGAAAGAGAAUGAUCUGGGACGACUGGCACAAGUCCCUGAAAAGCACCCGGAGAUCGACGCUGCUGAUUGGUGCAAAUUUGUUGAAAGUCGACUAACUCCUGAAUUUCUGGAAUUGAGUAAGGUGCAACGUGAACGUUCCUCAAAAAUUCAAUCCAGACAUCGAAGUGGUCGGAGUGGAAUGGUGAACGUACGGGAAGCUGUGAAAAAGGACCUCGAAGUUGCAGAUCCUCCCCGCCACCGUGUUUGGAUUAAAUCUCGCACCAAGAGUAGAAAACUUGUCACUGAUUACGACAAGGAAAUUGCCGAGAAGAUAGCUCAAUUAGAGGAGAAGCUUAGUCAGGGACAAAUUCAGGUCCAGGGCCAAAACGAUAUCCUCACGCAGGCGCUCGGGACACCAGAGCAUCCUGGACGUGUCAGGGCUGCUGGGUUCCUGACCAGGGCAUCUCAACUGUUCGGCAGGAAGAAAAGGGAAGUGUCUGAUGUUGUGGCUCGGCAAGCGAAGGAGAUUGAAAAAUUAAAAGCCGAAGUCCAAUCCCUUAAGCAGCAGAGGAACGCUGCCGAACAAGAGGAAGAAGGAGAGGUGGCUGGUGAGGCGUAUGUUCCACAACCAUACGCUCCUCAGGAUGAGGUACAACCACAAAUUUAUGCUGAGGAGUUCAUUUCCCUCAACGACCAAGGUAUCCUAUACAAUUUUGAGGACCAUGCGGCCCUUAAUCAGACAGUACAUCUCUGCUCUGACAACAUCGACAAUAUUGUGGCCCGAGGGUAUUUGUACGAGCAUGUGGGUACGAUCAAAGUUCACUGCCAGGAUUACGAUGAUUCACAUGCUCGGAUCAUGGUUACGGAAAUCCUGCAAGAGGACGCUGAAAUCCCAGUCCCAAUUGAAGAGUGCAGAUAUGUUAGGGACGUGUACCAGAUGUUCCUUCCUUGGCCUAAACACUUAAUUUUAACAACCGAGGUAACUUCUCAACUGAAAUUAAUUAUUAAUGAUUAGUGGAGUUUGAAUAUCUUCAAUAUUCAUCCGUAGUGAAGUAGGUUCUGCGAAUAUAUGUCCUGCGGUGGGAUGGAUGAACAAACUACUGUUAUAUAUGUGUUAUUUGUCGUUAUACAGCCAUGUUCAAAAUUUUUGGGGUCAUUCAAUUACAACCGUUAUGCUGCCGAAAUUUCGGUAGAAUUUACAUAAAAUUUGAUAUAUAUAUUAUGUUCUGUUUUGUUUAGGGUCCACUCGCUAAACCGCCCUCAAGACGUGAUGCGUCAAAGGGGAAAGCUCCGAUGCUUUCUCCACAAGGCCGUGGUGCACGGGAAGAUGACUUGUUCACGGAAGAGAAGAUGGCGUUGAUCCCUAAUUCGCUAAAAUGGAUGAUUCACGAAUUCCUAAGGCUCAAAGAUAAACGUGAUAUAAUCACAAUUCCUGUCCCCCGAGCAUUCAUUGCACCGCGUACCCAGAUCACGUUAUCUGGAGAGGAUUUGCAGCAGGUUGCUACGUGUGACUACAUCGGCAACCAGGGAAUGCUGUUUGGAAUGAUGCACAUAUGGGAGAGCAUCAACGGUCUGAGAAAAAUUUUCAAGUUUUACGACCCAGAGCUUCUCACAGUGCAUGGGAUCAACGAUGAAGAACAGAGUCAGUCUUUUGACGAUGCGGCAAGACGAUUGGCUAAUUGGUUAUCAUUAAUGAACAACAACCACCAAAUGUUCUUUAUUCCUUGGAAUAUCGGGUAAACUUUAUUAAAUUCUUUAGUGCUAAUUGUUCAUUUCUAUAUUAUGUCUUCAAAUUAUUUUUAUACUAUCUUACUUAUAUUCCAAUAUAAUUUUCUAGGAUGCAUUGGACGCUAGUGGUGGUUGCGCCAGGGAAAAUUAUCCAUUUAAACCCUGUAAAAGGCCGCCCAAUUCCCGAAGAAAUAGAACAAAUGAUCGGAAGGUAAUAAUUUAAUGACUUCUUAUGUAACGAAUUUAAAUUAACUAACGAAUUGAAAUGCUAAUAUAAUUUUCCUAAACAGGGCAUUCAUGUAUAUAGGGGACGCACAUCAGUAUCUUGGCCCGUGGCAAGGAAUUUCACAAGCAAACUGUCC